GGCUUAACCAUGGCCCAGUGGUAUCGCAUCAGCCAGCUGAUACAGUACCUACCUGUGGAGACCAUGAAUGACCUCUACCCCUCAGCCACUUUUCCUAUUGAAGUCCGACACUUUUUGUCCGAUUGGAUUGAGAAGCAAAGAUGGGAGGAGUUUGCCCUGGAGAACGUAGAGCAGGAAGCAAAUGCCCGCGCUCUUUUGGAUGAACUCAUAAUGCUGCUGCAGUCAUUUUCUCAUCAUAAUGCCAAUGUCGUGGAUAAAAUGAAGCUGAUGCAGAUCAGCAGAAACAUGAGCAUCUUUCAACAUCAGCCACUGAAGUUUGUAGUGAUGGUGAGGGACACACUGCACAAAGAGAGAGUUCUGCUCAGAGCUAUGCCACAGGUAAGCAACCCUCCACAGCAUCAACAGCUUGUCACCAAAGAAGUGGCCUUUCCCAGCACGCAGGAUGUGGACCACCUUGUUCUCAAAGUGCUGGAGGUCCAGGAGUUACGACAAAAAAUACAUCAGGUUCAAGAAGAGCUCAAUUGGGAAAAGCAGAACUUUGAGUCUUUGCAAGGGACCAUGGAUCCCACAACGUCAGAAGUGACACGACUUCAAAACCACAUUGAGCAGCUGGACUAUAAUCUUAACACCAUGGGAACGAAGCGUUUUCAGUUGCUCACCGAAUGUGUGGACUGUCUAGACCAGUGCCAGGCCCAACUCCUCAGCAGGCUAAAGGCCUGGAGGUGGGAGCAGUACAAGGCAACCAUUGGACAUCCUUUUGAUGACAACCUCAAUAUCCUCCAGAUGUGGUGUGAGCAGCUUCUUGGUGUGAAUGGGAAGCUGAGACAGGAAUUAAUGCUUAUCGUGGAACCAAUCCCAGAGCUGCAAGAAAGACUCGGCCAACUUCUCCGACUUCUGGUUCAAAGUUCCCUUGUGGUGGACAAGCAGCCGCCUCAGGUUAUUAAGACACAAUCCAAGUUCACCACAACUCUACGCUAUCUGCUGGGUGAGACAUUAGCACCUGGGAAGCCUGUGGUGCUGAAGGCACAAAUCAUUAAUGAACUUCAGGCCAGAAGCCUUAACCUCACUCUCAGUGACAAUGUUGGGGAAGUGAUCAACAACACAGCCAUCCUUGAACAUAACACAGCCAGCAAGAGCACAUGUGCCACUUUCAGGAAUAUGUCAAUCAAGAAGAUUAAGAGAGCUGACAGAAAGGGAUCUGAAUCGGUGACCGAGGAGAAGUUUGCCCUCCUCUUCUCAACAGAGAUCACCGUCACAGGCAGUGAUACUCCUUUCAAAAUACAGAUCAUCUCAUUACCACUCGUCAUCAUUGUUCAUGGCAGCCAAGACAACAAUGCGCUGGCUACCAUCAUAUGGGAUUGUGCAUUUUCCGAGCCAGAUAGAGUGCCAUUUGUGGUGCCGGAGCGGGUGCCGUGGAAGCUCAUGUGCAGCACUCUCAACAGUAAAUUCACUUCAGAGAUCCAGUCACAUCACAACCUGGACCAGUACAACCAACACUUUCUGGCCCAGAAAAUAUUUGACAAACCAGAUUUCACCGAUGACUUCAGCAACAUGAUGGUUUCCUGGACGCAAUUUAACAAAGAAGUGCUCCCAGGUCGACAGUUUACAUUCUGGCAGUGGUUUGAAGGAGUAAUAGACCUGACCAAAAAACAUCUGAGAACAUACUGGAGUGAUGGGCUCAUAUUCGGUUUUAUUGGCAAGCAGUAUCUACAUCUGAUUCUUAAGCAGAGACCCAAUGGAACCUUCCUUCUACGCUUUAGCGACUCUGAGAUCGGCGGUAUCACCAUUGCUUACGUGGCUGCAGCAGACACGGGUGAACACAAUCAGAUCAUCAAAAACAUCCAACCAUUCACCAAGAGAGAUCUCGACAUUCGCAGCCUAGGCGAUCGCAUCCGGGACAUCAGUGACAUUACAUUCCUCUACCCUGACUUUCCUAAACAUGACGUUUUUAAGAAGUACUACUCAGAGCCCCAAACAACAGUCAGGGAUGACUACAUCCCGGUAUCACUCCAAACCAAAGUGGGAAGUGGGGAGACUAACUCAGUUGCAGCUAAUGUUGCCACCAUGUCACAUCACGCAGAAAACCACCUGAAUGCUGCUGGAUACCCAGUGGAUCCUGCCUCAGUUUCACCAUGUGUCACUAAUAUGACACAUCAUGCUGAAAGCUCCCGCAAUGCUGUUGGAUACCCCCUGUCCCAGUUCCAACAGUUCACUCCUCAAGAAGCCAUCACACAAGAGCAAAUGGAAAACUCAGAUUUACCUGCAGUAGAAUUUAGUCCAGAUUCUGCUGUCUUCAGUGACUUGGCCACUGGAGAUAUGGACCUUGACGGUUUCAACAGUCUCCUCAACUUUUCAUGA